AUGCGUGAUGGCUCCUUCGUCGGGAACCAGGUGGAGAUCGUCACCGUCAAAGCCCUCGGCUGGGAGCUCUCCGAGCCUGGUCAGCCCCGUGCGGUGCGGGCGCCGGAUGGUUCUGAAGAGCUGGAAGUUUUGCGGCAGCUGGAGUUCGACCACCACCGGAUGACCAGUGGUGCGGUGGUCCGUUGUCGAAAGUCAGGCCGUCUGCUCGCGUUCGUGAAGGGCGCCUAUGACAAGAUCUCGCAGAUCGCGCAGGAGCCGAGCGUUCCGCCUGAGUUUGGCGAUGUCUGUGGGUGCCCUAGCAUCUUCGUGAAGCAAUUGCCGCAGACGACGUUCACUUUGUGGCAGAUUUCUCUUCCAGACCCGCAGUACCACGGAUAG